UUUAUUCCUUGCCUUUGUCCCCCUUGGCAGGGCCAUCUUGCCUCUCAAUGUCCCUCCAACGCCGGGCGCGGCGUGUAUCCGCGCGGCGGCAGCUGCAAGCUGUGCUCGAGCGUGCAGCAUCUGGCGCGCGACUGUCCGCUCUCGCUGCGCGCCCAGCCGGCGGGCGCGGCGGCGCUGGGCAUUGCCGCCAUGACGGGCGCGCAGCAUUUGGGCCAAGGAGAUCGAGAAGCUGGAGCAGACGAGGAUGACUUUCAUCAGCUGGCGAGAAGAAGAGUGCAGCUGGCGAGGCAGGAGAAGAUCAAGUCUUCAACGACGACGACGACGACGACGCGAGGCGAGAAGAAGGUCAUCUCGUUCUGA